CGGUCACAUUUUAUGGGCUUGGAGAUAGGGUUCUUUGGCGCAGGCGAUGGAGCUUAGGCGCUUCUACGGAUGCUAUCUCUUGCGAUCCAUCAAUCCUCGCUUCAAGGGACAGACUUACAUCGGUUUUACCGUGAAUCCGCGACGAAGAAUCCGGCAGCACAAUGGAGAGAUUACUUGUGGAGCGUUCCGGACCAAGAAGAAGAGGCCGUGGGAGAUGGUUCUCUGCGUUUAUGGAUUUUCAUCGAAGACGGAUGCUCUUCAGUUUGAAUGGGCAUGGCAGCAUCCAAAGCUUUCAAAGGAGGUGGUUCUUCCGGCAGAAGUAAAGCCCAAAAAUUUGCGAGGAAUAGCAGGAAAGAUUAAAAUUCUUCACGCGAUGUUGUGCUCUCCAAAAUGGUCCAGCAGGAUGAAGCUUACGGUCCAGUUCUUUUCGUCCGAGCAUGCACAACACAGGAAGGGAUGCCAGACUUUACCGGAUCAGAUGAGAUGCUGCAUUGGAUCUAUGGAUCAACUUCCCAGCUACGCAGAGUAUUGCGAAGAUCCAGCAGACGAACAAGACGGAAGUGAUUGUUUAUCAAGAGACGAGGAGGGAACUUUGGAUGACGAGGAAACUGUAGAAAAUCCUCAAGAAAACGGACCAGUUGAUUCGAUCUCUCCUACUCGAGGCACGAGAACCACGCAGGGAUCUUUCCAAGAACAGGCAGGACACGCAGAGAUUUCUCCCGACAGUAGUGAUCAAGAAUUUUUUCGUCCAGCAAAGAGGAAAACUACGAACAACUCGACCUCUCAAAAACAGACGAUUUCUCUUCCUCCAGCGAGGAAAGAAAAGAAGAGCAAGAGCAGCGAUGCUGAUAUUUUUCUGCAAGAGCAAACGCCCAAGACUCCCAAAUCGCGAAAAACUCCAGUGGUGAUCUUGUCACCAGUUUUGCUAACGCCGGGGAUCUCCCCGUUAUUUGGAAAGAGGAUGUGCUCGAUGAUCUCCCCGAUCAUCAUUCUCUCCUCCACACCCAAGCGAGCUCGCGCCAGGGAUGUGAUCGACCUCACGGAAUCUCCCGCGCGGUUCUAGCCAAUUCAAAUUCGUUUAAAUUCUUGCUACCAA